CUCCCUCUUCCGAUUCUCCUGGUAUAUCUCUCUCUCUCUUUCUCUUUAUUUCUCUGUUUGUUGAUUGAUUGCAUUUUUGUGUGAAUUAAAAGUUUGGUUCUUUGAUCCACAAAUAGAUUCUUGAUCUCGAUCAGAAUCGUGGGUUUGCUUUUGUUUUAAGAAUUAAUUCAAUGAUCGAUGAUGAAACUGAUUGAUACUGUUUUAUUGUCAUAUGCUCUGUUUCUUUGCUCUGUUCUAAGGAAAUUUUGUGACAAACGACAAUCAUGGAAAACGAAAUUUCAACCUAUUAAAAAAAUAUUAUCCACAAGGGUGGGCCUUGGAAGUUUUUGUCUGUUCAAGAAAACAAGCCGGUCAAAAUAAUCUACCUUUUAACUCUGGUCUAAGUCAAUAACUGAGUGCUUCCACCGUUGAAAUUUAGUAUCUCACUGGAAAAUUGUACUUGGAAAUUGCAUGGUCGGUCCAUGAAAGUAUUAAGGAGAAGAAACAAACCAAAAGUCGUCUUUUUGUAUCUCUCUAUACCUAUACAUUUUAUGAUUUGAUUGGUUUUGUGGGGAUCAAUUUCACUAUUACUCGUAAGAAAUUUCUUUAUGGAUAUGUUUUGGUGAAUCUCUCUCUGCUUCUCACAAUCUCCCUCUUUACUUUUUUUCUUUCAUCAUAUAAAGGGUUGGUGAAAUAUGAAUGGAAUCCAAUUUCGUUGGGAGGUUGUUGUAUAUUAUAAGUUUUUAGUGUCUAAUCUUUUUGAACUAUUUGUUGAAAUUAAGGUGUAAAGGUUUGACCACUUACUUACCCUUAAUGUGAUAUGUUCAGUCCUUUGACACCACAAAUUUGAAGUUCUUGUGUUGUUCUUUGAGUUUGUCUUCUUUGAGCUGAUUAGUUAUCUUGAUUUUGUUGCAGUUGUUCCAUUCAUCAAAAAGCUAUGGAUUUCAAUAGAAAAGCUCAUCCAGAUUGCGUAUAUGCGGAUAAUCCUUUCCAUGAAUGUGCUUCAGCUUGUUUAGAGAAAAUUGCUCAAGGCCAUGUCAAGAAGAACACUAAGAAGCAAAGUUCAAGGCUUCUUAGCUUCUCAGGGAGUUUCGGUAGGAAAAAGAAGGAGUCGAAUUCACAACCGCCUACACCGCUAUCCGCAAGGCCUUAUCAAAACGGCAGAGGCGGUUUUGCAAAUGGUAAUUCCCCAAAGGUUCAUCAUUCUGUAGCUCCACCUGCUUCCGUGAAGAAGAAGAUUGUUUCUGAAACGAAAAAUUCUUUCACUUCUUCAUCAUCCGGUGAUCCGGAUGAUUUCUUCAACCAUAAACCAGAGAAGAAACCUUCUCAAACCAUUCCCCUUUCAUCAAACAAUUUGGUUGAUCAAAGCAAAGUGGUAUCACCUAAACCGGGAAUACAAGAACACAAUGGGAAGAUUGGAGAAGGCGGCGAAACUAGACUCUUUAGUUUCCUAAGCCUUCCAAGAUCGCCUGGAAAAGAGAGCAAUGAUGAUUUUUCUGAUGAUGAUGACGAAAACAACAAUGAGAUUGGUGUAGAGCUCGAUCUCGAAUCAGUAAUGUCUGACACUUUUGUCUCUGUCGGGAAAUACCGAGUCAGAUCGGGUUCAUCCACUAUACUAAGUGCUGUCAUCGAAAAGCACGGAGACAUUGCUCAAAACUGUAAGCUGGAAUCGGAUUCAAUGCGAUCACGUUACCUCGAGUGUUUAUGCUCACUGAUGCAGGAACUUAGGUCAACCCCGGUAGGGCAGUUGAGCAAAGUCAAGGUCAAAGAGAUGCUUGCGGUUCUCAAAGACUUGGAGUCUGUGAACAUUGAAGUAGCUUGGCUACGUUCUGUUCUUGAAGAGUUUGCGCAGUCUCAAGAAGAUGUAGAAAAUGAGAAAGAGAGGCAUGAUGGUUUAGUGAAGGCUAAGAGAGAAGAGCUUGAGGCUCAAGAAACGGAUUUGGUUAGGAUGGAGAAGGAAGUGGUGGAAGUGAAGCGGCGGAUUGAGGAGACGCGGGCUCAGAUGGUUGAGAUCGAAGCAGAACGGUUGAGGAUGGAGAAAAUGGGAUUCAAAAUGGAGAAAUUUAAAGGGAAAUCGUUUAUAGAUGAGCUUCUGUGAGUUUGAGUUGUGUGUGAUGUUGUUAGUAGUAAGCCAAGGGUAGUAGGUAAUAGCACAAAAUCAAAAAUGCUCUAAUAAAUGAGUUUUUAAGGUUAGGGUUUUUAAGUAUUAUGGGAAAGCUGGUAUUUAUUGGUAACUUAUAAAAAAUAUUAAGAUAUUUGGUUGUUGCUAAUAAAUACGUUUUGAUUUGUGUGAUGCAUUUUUCUUUGGUUAUGUUUUUUUUUUUUUGGUUUCUUUCGUUUUCUAUAAUG